CAAGUAUCCUCAAUGGCCUCUAAACUGGCCUCUCGUGACCAUGCAAAUCCUCUGCAAAUUAAUGACCUGGUCGACCUUCUUUUAUUACUCAAAAGACAUGGCUAUUCAGGAGUCACUUAUUAUGAUCUUGGUCUUUUUCUUGGUCUAUUACCUGGUACACUGGAUGUUAUUAAAGAGAAUGAUGGAAAAGAUGUUUUAGCAUGUCUGCGUGAAUGUCUUAAAGCAUGGCUACAAAAAAAGGAUGACGUUGUUGUGAGGGGUGGUCCAACCAUUUUAUUCACUGGUAUCAGCUUUGAAAGAAAUACAACAUAAUGUAGUAGCUGAUGGAAUAGAUACAGAGGUGCAUCCUGCUUGUAAAAUUCUUGCUCGUUAUAUGACUUCGGAGCAGUCAAUUAUUGUGUCUGCAUUACCCCAGUUGGCUUUAUUGCUGCAUUCAGAGAAGCUAAUAAAGGAGAUGAUGCUGCUGCCAAUCAAUGAACAUGGGGAAACUCUGUUGACUGAUAUAAAGGUAGCUGUUUGUAUCGAUUAUUGCAAACUUGAAGCAUUUGCUGAGAUUUUGUGUAAAGUAACAGCCACUGUUGGAAUAGGGAAGGCCAUUAAGAAAGAAUACAAAAAAAUUUUUUACAGUAAUGAUUCUUUAAUGACUAAUGGCACAGUCAGCACUGCUGAAGAGUUGAAGAUUUACUUUCCUCAAAGUAUGAUUGCAGAAUUCAAGACAAUGAGAUUGAAGUUUGGUAAAACAUUUUCCAGUGUGAAGGAUAUCAUGAAGGCAAAUCCUCCAGCACUUGAGAAGAUGAGAGAUAUAUUAAUUUUUUCUUAUCGGGCCUUGAAACCUCAGUUAGCCAAGUGUGAAGAUAUUCAUAGCAUAUUAGAAUUAAUUAGUGAAAAUUGUUUGCUGAAUGAUAUUAGUAUGCUAAAGUUCUUUGUUGAUGAGUCCGAAAUAAAUGGGCUGGCUAAAAUAGUUGUUCAAGAAUAUAAUGAAGCUCUUAAGAAAUUUAGUGAGACUAAGCUCAGUCAAUAUUUAGAAGGAAAAAUUUCGUAUGCUUCACCACUUCAAUGUGAAAAGAUUACCAUUGUCAUUGAUGUGGAUGAAAAUGCUGAAGAAUUGAUGCUGAAAGAUGUCAAGAGAUUAUCAGCGGAUAUAUUUCAUGAUUUAUCACCAAAUGUCCGGUUAAAUGUCAUUAGAGAUGGCAAUUCUUUUGCUGUCACUUGUUCCUUCCCUUUGAUUCUAUCUGAUCAUUUAAUUGCAGCUGCUCUUAAUAAUAUCAACAUAAUUAAAAGAAAACCGAGUGAAGAAAAUGAUCAUUGGCUAUUAUACUGUGUAUGAGGUAAAUGAUACCUCCACUCCUACAACAAAACAGCAGUAUGCCUCAUUAUCAGCUAGGCCUAGUAGUGAUUUAUCAAAGCAACUGAUGCUAUCAUUGAAGAUACAACUGAUUAACAGUGAAGAAGAGGUGGCUACUUUAAAUGAGGAAAGUAAAGCAAUGAAAGAAAAUGUGGCAUCAUUGAAGGAAACACUGGAAGCUAAAAGCAAGAUGCUGAGUGCCAACAUAGCAGAGAGUAAUAAGUUUAAAGAACUAGCAGCUGAGACUCAGAUGCUACAGAAGAAAGUAUCACAUUUAACAGAAGAGAAUGAGGGUCUGAAAGAAAAAAAGAAAAUAUUAGAAGAGCAACUUGCUUCAUUUCAGUCUAAAAAAGGAGAUAUUGAGGAUAAAGAGGAAAGAAAAAUUGAAAAGUUACAGUCAACCGAUACAACAUUUGAAAUUGAGACUUUAAGAAAAAUAUUAAAACAAAAGGAUGAGGAAAUUAAGCAGGAGCGAGCGGCUUGGAGUAAAGAAAAAAAACUAUUACUAGAGAAAAUAACUACAAUGAAUUUACAACUAAUUGAGAAAAAUAAACUAGUGCAAGAAAAAGAACAAGUUUUAAGACUAACAAGUGAAAAUUUGGAGAAAGGUGAACGUAGACACUUAGAUGAUGUGUCUGCUAAAGGAUCAACUAGUGACUCUGCUCAUUUUCCUAUCACCAAAAAUGAAAACGAUUCACAUGACUCAUCUGAAUCUCAAAAUUCAGAACAAGAAAAAAAAGAA